AGUACUGCUGUUAGCCGUGCAGCAGGUAUAACGUGAGCAUUGUAUGUUACCUAGGUGCAGGGACUAACACUCCUCCAGGUUCUAUCACCUCGUGUCCAUUCAUGUGGGACCGCUUCUUCUUUCACCAUAAACUACUGCAAACCAGCCUGCAGGACCGGUGCUGCCCAGCUGGUAGCCUAAGUAGCCACUCCGAGUUCUAGCUCCUGCCCCCCUUCCCCAUUUAGAAUACAGACAAGCUUCGGUUCAGUCUCAUUGUUUUCCCCUAGUGGGUCUCUCCCAGCACCUGAUCUGUAUUCCCCACGCUGACUUGAAUACUGCAUUCUGUUGUUGUUAAGUGCCCCCUCCCUCCCCUUGAUGGCUUCUGUACCCAAGAGGACGAUGAGGCUCUCCAUGUUUCUGUCGCUGCUACGGCCCAUCGGUCCCGUGGUGAUUGGUAUUUCUUUAGGCUUCACUCUUAGCUUGAUUAGUAUCAGUUGGGUAGAAGAGUCUUGUGGAGGGGGCGACGUGAGGAGGGGGGAUAGCAGCUUAGUUGGUGGUGGGGCGGCAAUCCAGGGCGAACCGGCAAAUGUGAACGGAGCUCGGAGACCUAACUCUGUGCAGCUUGGAUCGGACAAUGGUGAUCCCAGACAGAACUUCGAGCCAAGGAUUGUGCCUUAUAAACCCGAUCCUGAGGUGCAGAAGAUGGCUAAGAAGACAGUUAGGGCCCGGUAUAUCAGCACAGAACUUGGAAUAAGAGAACGCUUGUUUAUUAGCAUAUUAACAUCAAAGAACACCCUGAAUACUCUGGCUGUUGCUGUAAACAGGACUCUUGGACACCGCCUUGACAGAGUUUUCUAUUUUACUGGAAUGCGAAGCCGUAAGAUCCCACAUGGCAUGUCCAUUGUCACCCAUGGCGAUGACCGUCCAAUUUGGAAUAUGUAUCAGACCAUUAAAUAUAUUCUAGAACACUACAUCAGUGAGCAUGAUUGGUUCUACUUUGUCCAGGAUGAUACGUACACAGAAGCAGACCGGAUCAAAAACCUAGUAGGUCACCUGAGCAUUGAUGCAGACCUCUAUAUGGGUCAUCCAGAGGAAUUCAUUGGUGGUGACACCGAAGGAAGAUAUUGCCAUAGUGGCUUUGGCUUCCUGCUUUCCCGAACCUUAUUGCUGAAGCUUCAGCCACAUCUGGAAAACUGCCGGAAUGAUAUCGUUAGUGCCAGGCCUGAUGAGUGGUUGGGCCGUUGCAUCAUUGAUUAUGCUUCUGUCAGCUGUGCGGAUGAACAUGAUGGAGUGUACUACCGCCACUUUCAGCUAGGGAAGAACUCCGACCCAGACAAGGAGGAAGACAUCCAGUUCAGGAAUGCUUUCACUAUCCAUCCUGUGUUGGAUCCUGUGCAGAUGUACAGACUACACAAGCGUUUUACUGAGAUUGAAUUAGAACAAACCUACCAGGAAAUCAAAAUGCUGCAAAUGGAAAUCAAGAAUAUUAGUGGACUGUCCAUUGACCAAGAGCAAACUGUGGUUUGGCCCAUUGGAGUUAAUCCUCCUUUCCAGCCCAAGACUAGAUUUGAAGUCCUGCGCUGGGACUAUUUUACAGAAGAUCAGAUCUCUUCAUGCAUUGAUGGAUCACCCAAGUGUGAUUUGCUUGGCAUUGACAAAGCAGACGUUGUGGAUAUUAUAGAAACAGCAAUGGAAGAACUGAACAAGAAGUAUCAACCUGCACUACAUUUAAAGAAACAACAACUUAUCAAUGGCUACAGACGUUUUGAUCCAGCACGCGGCAUGGAGUACACACUAGAUCUUCAGCUUGAAGUGGUUACUCAGAAAGGACACACUCGAUCAGUCAAUAAAAGAGUUCACCUGUUGCGUCCUUUAAGCAAUGUUGAAAUAAUACCCAUGCCUUAUGUAACAGAAGCUACUAGAGUCCAUAUUAUUCUUCCCCUCACAGCUGCUGAUAGAGACCAUGUUGAUCAUUUUCUUGAUGUGUAUGCUGCCAAUGCUUUCGAUACUAAUGAAAAUGCUGUUUUGACGUUCUUAUUUAUUUAUGACCCAUUUGAAGCUCAGCAAGUGAACCAGAAUGACAUUUUCAGUCAUGUCAAGGCAAAGAUCACAGAGUUUGAACGGAAAUAUCCUGAAACCAAGAUUCCAUGGAUCAGUGUGAAGACAGAGGCACCAUCCCAGAUUAAAGUUAUGGAUAUAAUUUCUAAGAAACAUCCAGUGGAUACUCUAUUCUUUGUGGCUGGAGCAAGCAGUGAAGUAAACACAGAGUUUUUAAAUCGUUGUAGGAUGAACACCAUCAACAACUGGCAAGUCUACUUUCCUAUCCAUUUCCAGGAGUAUAACCCUAGUGUUGCAUACCACAGCCAACAGCCACCAUCAACUAUUGACUUGGUUAAAGAUGCUGGCCAUUUUGACAGAGAUGUGUUUGAUGAAGCUUGUUUUUAUAAUUCUGACUACAUGGCAGCAAGAACUAAAAUGGCAGCUGAUGUGCAAGAGAAUGAAGAGAUAUUGGAAACACUUGACAUUUAUGAUAUGUUUAUCAAGUACUCUAACCUUCAUGUCUUCCGGGCAGUCGAGCCAGCUUUAUUACAGAAGUAUCGACACAAGGUUUGUAACCCACGGCUUAGUGAAGAAAUAUAUCACAGAUGUGUUCAGAGCAACCUUGAAGGACUUGGGUCCCGAUCCCAACUAGCAAUGCUGUUGUUUGAGCAGGAGCAGGGCAACAGCACUUGAUGCCCUGCUUAAAAAUGGAAAGGAAGUCUAAGAUGUGUGCAUUAAUAACUUAGUUAAAAAUUUGUUUUUUCCUUGAGUAAAUCUUAAAAUAAUCUUGUGUAUAAGUAAGGAAUAUUUUAAUGUCCUUAUUAUAUCCAAGAAAAGAGUACACAAGUUCAGCGCAUCAGGCAGAUAUUGGUACGUUUAGGCAUUAAAUGGAUUUGUUUGGUAUUUCUAAGAAUGUGAAAUAUGUUUGUGAUUCUUAAUAUUGGCAAGGGCUUAAGAGGUACUAAAAAUGUGGUUAAUUGGUAAUAUCUCUGUAGCUUUUAUAUUAAAAGUAGGAGCUGUUACUUAGUGACACAUUUCAUAGCUCAUUAUGGAGGAAAAAAGUUGAGAAAGCGUAAUCCCACCAUAUUGAGAGAUGGUCAGCUGUCUGAUUUUAUUUUUUCACUCCAAGUGCAAACCCUUAAUCACUAGCACUUGCAAUGAUCUUUGUGCAUGUUUUUUUGAGUGUAGUAACCCAAAAUGGUUGGGAUGCGUUGCUCAGGGACCUGAAGACAGCCACAAUGGGAGUGCAUCUUUUUAAAGAGAAUGCAUCUUGUUCCAUCCUGCUGAAAGGGUGGUAGUAAGUUAACAGAAAAUGGUGGGAUCACUUUCAAACAAAGAAGUAUCCAAAGGAACUUCAUGCUUGGAAUCCAUGGAGUGUUACGGAGAAGUACUUCUAUACAUUCCACAAUGUGACCAAAAUUUUUAUAUUUUUUUAAAGCAAAACCUGGGGUUGGGGAUUUGAAUUUUAUAACAAGUAUGUACAGUGUUUUUCAUGCUAUAUAAGUAUAUUUCUAUUUAAUUCAUAAAGGUUUGAGGCUUAUGUAUGAUGGCCUUUUGUUUCUUAACCAUGUCUUAGUCUCCAGAGAGGUAUUCAGUUGUAUUAUGCAGUAUCCUUCAGAAGUCUACAUUGCUUAUUGCAGAGAAAAAUAACACUGAAAAGCUUCUCCCAAGCCCGUGAAAAGACAGCCACUGGGUUUAAUCUCACAGUUAAAAGAGCACUUAAUUGUCCUUAAAGUUCUUUGCUCUUGAGAAAGAAUUGCAGUCGGCCAUUGCACAUCCUGCAGGUCAUCUGGAUAAUACCAUUGUCUUGCUUUGUUGUGAAAUGCAGCCACUAACUGGCUGUGCAGCCUUCUUGGUGUUCAAGAAAUACAAUUUGAGUUGGCCUGACUUGGAAGGUCUGCAGAUUUAAGUCAAAAAUGGGACACGGGGUAAAUAGGGUUGACGACAUGGUUAAAGAACACUUGUCUUGUACAUUACUGAUAUUAACCAAAGGUACUUUGUACUUUUAAAACUACAGAGCUGACACAGAGGGUGUUAUUCCCUUACAGCACAUUCAUUUCCCUGUCGAGUUUUACGCAAGGAAAAAAAAGUCAAGAAAGUUUUUUUUAUUUUGUUUAGAGAGAAGUAUAGCAGGCACACUUUCUGGACAAGACUAUUUGUGGGGGAGAUCUGCAUAUAAAAUGGAAAAAGAAGUUGAUGGAGGUUUUGACUGUGACCACAGAACUAGAACUGCUGCUCGUAGCUGGUUUUGGAUUGCUCAGCAUCAGUCCAAGUGACUACUGUAAACUGCCAUGAAGGUUAUGGAGGACAAGGAUGUUGUGUGAUGAGACAUAAAUUUGAUCAGAAUUCAUUGGUGCAAUACUUUAAAAAAAAAAAAAAAAAAUUAAAUGCUGGAAGUCACAAAAACAAAACAGAUCAUGGUGGCAAUCAAAGACACUUGUUUUCAUUUUGCUGUCCUUACAAUAAAAAGAGUUUAUGUAACAAAAA